GCGGCCCACGUCGCCGAGCCUCUGGCCUGUGGGCGCGUGCUGGCAGCCUUGCCGCUCGCUGUGCCAGUGCCUGGUGGGCCGUUCUGGCCAUCCAGCAUGGUGGACUACUACGAGGUGCUGGGCGUACCCCGGUAGGCCUCGUCCGAGGGUAUCAAGAAGGCGUACCGCAAGCUGGUGCUCAAGUGGCACCCUGACAAAAACCCCGAGAACAGGGAGGAAGCGGAGAGGAGAUUCAAGCAGGUGGCUGAGGCCUACGAGGUGUUGUCAGACGCCUAGAAACGCGAUAUCUAUGACCGCUAUGGCGAGGCGGGGGCGGAGGGCGGCUGCACAGGCGGCAGGCCCUUCGAGGACCCCUUCGAGUACGUCUUCAGCUUCCGUGACCCCACGGAGGUCUUCAGGGAGUUCUUUGGCGGCCGGGACCCAUUCUCCUUUGACCUCUUGGGAAACCCCCUGGAGAAUAUUUUGGGGGGUCAGAGGAACUCCCCGGGAAGCAGAAGCAGAGGGUCUGCACCCCUUUUCUCUGCCUUCAGUGAAUUUCCAGCUUUUGAGGGUGGUUUUUCUUCUUUUGAUACAGGAUUUCGUUCCUUUGGCUCCCUGGGAAGUGGGGGCCUUUCUUCCUUCUGCAUGUCCUACGGUAGUGAUGGGACAGGCAGCUUCAAGUCCAUGUCGACUUCCACUGAAAUAGUUGAUGGUAAAAAAAUCACCACCAAGAGAAUCAUUGAGAAUGGCCAAGAAAGGGUGGAAGUGGAGGAAGACGGAGAGGAGUUAAAGUCCUUUCUAAUAAAUGGCAUAGAGCAGUUGCUCCACAUUGACACCAAGUAAUUCCAGUCCACAUUUGCCUUUAAGCACAUCUGGAGGAAUAGCGGACUUUUUUUAGGAUUGAAAGUGAACUUUACUUUCAGAACAACUGUACCCAAGAAUUUAUAAACACUUUAUGCCAAUGCCUGUCUUUAUUGUUGGGACUACACGGAUAGGACCUCUGUUUGUCUUUCGAUCAUUGUAAAUAUCUGUAUGCAAUUUGCUAUUUAUUAAACUUAAGCCUGAGGCAGACAAUGA